AUGGCUUUAAUUCAAAAAUGGAAUGCGUUAAAACGCAACAAAUCCUUUAAAUAUGGUAUCCCGUUUCUUGUACUAAUGGUUGGAGGUUCAUUUGGUCUGACGGAAUUUACAAAAUUGAGAUAUCAGUUCUCAAAACAAAAAACCAUAACUCCCGAUGAGAUGGAACAACACGGGGUAAAAAUGAAGAAGCCCGAAGAAGUCACAAUAGAAAAAGUUUAUGAAACUGUAAAGGAUUUGAACAUAGACGAAUGGGAGAAUAAGCGAGGCCCCAGACCGUGGGAAGAAAACUAA